UACUUCCCUAGAAGCCGACUAGCAGCAGACCCCCUCCCCUCGCUGUGGUACGGUCUUCGCACUACGCUGUCGCUCCGUGCUUGCUCGCUGUGCUGGGUCCUGGUUUCGUUCCGACGGCGGUGAGAGACUUGGGACGAUCCAAAGCUCCGACAGAAGAAAGAAGGCGGAGAGAGGCGGCAAUAAAAGAGUCGCGAGUGGUACCAGAUGGAGACACCAUCCACCUCCACCACCGCCCCUGCGGCUGCUGCCCCUGCUGGUGCGGCUGCGGCGGCGGCGGGGGCCCCUGGAGUACGUCGAGCGACAACAACCGGCACAAUACCGGCCACGCCCUCCCACCAGGUCUCCUUCGAAGAUGACAACGCCACUGCCAGGCCGGGAGCUCGCGACAUUAGAAAAGGAAGAUCCGAGCCCUACGGACAUCGCCGUUCUGCGGGAGCAAACGAAAAAGAAACUCGGCGAGGAGAAGCCCGUGUUCAUGAACGACAUUCGCCUGGGCCCCAAAGACGAAUCGUUCGAGCACAUCCAAGUUCACGAAGCUCGCUCGAGAGUGCGUGUGGGACGCCUUAAGCACGGCCGGAACGUUAAGGCCGACGAGAAAGGGGACGACGACAAGCUCAACCUCACCUUCAGGAUGAUGCUCGGAGUGCGGGUGGCGGUGGGGCGACAAGCCAGCCCUUUCCCGUCGGAGGAGGGGCUUACCGCGGACGACUACACGCAGCAAGACAAGUACGUCUUUCCUCCGGCGGGGGCGGGGGGGCGCCUGCCCACACCUUCCCACAAGCUCAACAGGACCUUCAAGUUCCGAGACUACGCGCCGAAGGUCUUCAAGAACCUCCGGGGUCUCUUCGGCAUCGAUGAGGCAUCGUACAUGAACUCCGUCGCCGGUGACUACGACUACUUGGAACUCAUCACCAACUCCAAGUCCGGCAGCUUCUUCUUCUACUCCCACGAUCAGAAGUACAUCAUCAAGAACAUGAAGCGAGCGGAGGCGAAGUUCUUCCGGAGCAUCCUUCCGCAGUACUACGAGCACCACCGUACCCACCCGGACUCGGUGCUGAUCCGGUUCUGCGGCAUGUACCUGGUGAAGAAGGGUCACAAGAAGAUCCCCUUCAUCGUCAUGAAGUGCAUUGACGGCACUGCCCAGAUGAAGAUCCACAACAAGUACGACCUCAAGGGCUCCAAAGUCCACCGGACAGCAAAGGAGGGAGAGAAGGUCUUGAAGGACAACAACUUGAGAGAAGCAAAGACCAAGUUCCGCCUUGGCUCGCAAAGGGACGCCUUCCUCAAGGUGGUGCGGUCGGAUGCGGAGUUUUUGCGCGACGUUAACGUGAUGGACUACUCCAUGUUCGUCUCCGUCCACGACGCCUCCCGCCCACCGGAGCGAACCCUUCAACGUGGCUACACGGAGUUCUUCACGUUUGCCGACGAAGCGUCCGACGGUCCCAAGUCGGCGGUGAAACCGAUACCGUCCCGGAGGGGCGAGGCGUUCAGGGCGGCUGCUGCGGACACGGACGGGGACGGCGCGUCGACGGUAGGAACCGGGACGGCCAAGCCAUCCGCGGGCUAUACGGGCGCGAUGCGGUUCAGGCCGGACGGUGGGAUCGAUUCGGAAGGCGAUCGCGGCCCCAAAGAGAUCUACUGGCUCGGCGUCAUCGACGUUUUGCAGGUAUACACCAACAUGAAGCACGCGGAGACGUGGUACAAGGCGAUCGGCAGAGUUAAGAACGAGCUAAGCUGCGUGGACCCGGCGCUCUACUGCGAGCGCUUCAUUAGCUUCAUGGAAGAGACAACCAGUUAGAGAGGAUGCCUUGGCAGACCUCUAGGCGCACUACCGUCCUGCUUCACCGCCAUCUUCCCGACGGUGGGGCGGAUCUCCGAAGGCCCCACGUUAUUAGCAUCUAGUACGAGGUCCAGGCCGAAAUACAGUUGUGCGGACGGCUCUCGACAUCGUUAUUUUGUGUUUGUUUUCAGUCGUCAUCGAGUCGGGAAUGACAUCGAUGACGAGACACGAAUCCCGUUGUAUUUUAUCCCCGCGAGCGAAAGGUGUUACGGCAGACGCCAAUGUUUGUUCCCGAGCUCUGCUGUUAUUCAGCGAUGCUUUCGCAGCGGCGGCAAGUGAACUGGUAGGUCAUAUUUUGGCCACAUAUUUGAUGUGUAGUCGAUUGGGACCCAGGUUAUUUGUUUGGCCGUACAGCAGUAUCUGCUUACUAAUUUUGGAUGUUUUAUUUUCCUUUGUUAGAUUUGUUCUUGUCUUCUCUGUUCAUGAAGAAUGCCUCGUAACUCUCUAGGGGGUAACCAACAGGGGGGAAAAGUGUUCGCCAUAGGCGCGCUUUCCAUUUGUCGAUGAAACUUUCUUGAUGGCGGGGUAUUUGUUGUUGGAUGCAUCCGGGUCUGGUUGGUGAUUGCUGUUGAAUUUGGCUGUCCUCAUGAGUAAUUCCCGUCUCGUUGCCGGUGCGUACUUAUAGCGUUUCUGCCAGGGUCCUGCCUCCUUGAUUGGAUCGCGUCAUGUUUUUUUACACUGCUGAAAGGCGGCCAAUAUGGCAAGUGUACUGGCGACGAAGUGUCCAACGGCCGUCAACAUUGGUCAAUCCAACCCUGGUUCUUUUGUGCGACGGCCACAUUUCUACGGUCGUAGGCAAGUCCGUAGGAAGGGCGAAACCGCAGCAGCCCCUGAUGUAUCGUACAGCAGUCGGUCGAUAUGUUCAGGUUUGCAGUACGUGCAUUGGCGAUGGCCGAUUACGUCUUGCACGAUUUUCGGGAACAGCCCGUUUUUUAUUUUCGAGCGUGCGAUGGAACAUCGGAAGGCGCCGGCUUGGGAGGCCCCGGUAUAUCGUUCUUCGCUCUGCGGCGAACAUCGCGAUAAGCGGAGAAAUGACUCUGCUUGCAGUUUUGUCGGGAUGUCGUGGAUCAUUCCUGUUGUGACGGCAGCGAAUGUUGACCGUUUCCCGCACGCGUCCAACUACGCGGUGCGCCCUUUCACUGUGUGCCCUGCUCAUGGUGGAGAUAGGUUUUUCUAACGAUUGGCCCCGUAUGCGAGAGAGAUUUUUUUUGGAAGGGUCAACCGUUGCCCCUCCUUGUCUCGUUUUAGUACGUGGUUGACAAAGGUUCCGGGAGUUG